CUGCAGUCUCAGAGAGACGACACACAGAUAAACACAUCCACACAGCGAGGACACACAGACGCUUCACUGCAGAGACUCUGGUCAACCAGCUGAGGAUGAAGAUGAAGAGCAAGCUGCUUUAUAUUCCCAUGGUGAUGGCAGUAAUGUCAGCAUUGGUCGUCACAGCGACGACUUUUACUGUCACUACUACUACAAAAAAAACGACUAUUACUACAACUACACAAACCAAGCCUCCACGGACCACGACUAUUACUACAACUGCACGGACCACAACAGGACCGCCUGGACUAAAUUUAAACGGGAAGAUGUUCACUUUGUCUUAUAAUGGAGGAGGAAUAUCCUUCUAUCCACCUUAUUUUUCUCCUCCCCCUCCCCCUACUCCCUACCCAACCCGUCCCUACUACACCACCCGUCCCUACUACACCACCACCCCCACAGCACCUCCUACUAGAGGUGUGUCCGUGUGUCUGCGUUACCUGGCCGACAGCGACUCAUUCUUCACACUCAGUCCAUCCAGCAGAAACCCUCUGAAUCUGGAAGUCGCUCGUGCUGGGGCGUAUACACUGACCUUAGACAGAUACCGUCAAUACAGCCUGUACAUGAAUCCUAACGUAAGGUUCUGGUCAAACGUUGGACCGGACAUCUGGACCAGAGUCUGCCUCACCAUGGACAGCGUGAAGAAUGUGGCCCAGGUGUUUAGCGGCUCGAACAUUAGCAUCAGGAAGAUGCUGCCUAUUCGGUAUGCCUGGUCAGGUGAGCCUGUGAUUGAUUUUUCAGGUUUUGAUGGUCAGGUGACAGACAUCCAGAUUUGGGAUUAUCCUCUCCGCUACAGAGAAGUCUUCAACUACAUGACCAGUGGUGUCUACGGGCAGUACAGUGGCUCAGUCCUCAGCUGGUCCCACAUCAGCUACUCCCCCAGAGGAAACAUACUAUUGGAGGACACCUAUGAGUGGCAGGCAAGACAGCCAAUCAACAGCAUCAGGGAGAGGAAAGGGCGUCGAGUAAAGGGAGGGAUGAAGAUCAUGGAGUUCUUCAAUGUGGAGGAGAGCCAGAGAGAACAGCUUUAAUGAAACACACAGGGGCAUGUGUACGAAAAGCUGUAUCCUCUGCUCUUCAUUUCAGAAUAAUCAAUCAAGCAACAAUUAUAAAAAAUAAUAUGUGUGAUUACCGUAUAUUCACAAGACGACAAACUAGUCUCAGUAACAGAAUAUAAAGAUAAUUCUUAAAUUUUUUACUAACAUGUUUGACUUUAUAUUGUUCUCUUUUUACAUGUAUUUGCUUCCUUAAUUUUGUAUGUUAUUAUAAAACAAUAAAGAGAAGGCUGACACAA